GCCAAUCACUUCCUAGAACUAAGCAGGUCAUGAAUAUGCACAAGGCUUUGAUGCCUAUGGUACCUCUGACGGUUCAGUUGGUAGAAACGGAUUCAGUUCGGUGACUUUUUUUGUCGGGGGUCCGUCAACCCAACUCAUCCAAGAAAAAGGAAAGCAUUUUGACCCGUUCUAGCUGUCCGGGAGAGGGAAGAGCAGGAGAGACCAUGGCUCGCGGGCCACUUUUUUGGGUACUUUUGGUGCAGAUUGUCCUUAUUUGCUCCACACAAAGGGCCUCAGGCCCCGUCGGCCCUCCAGGACCCGCAGGUGUCCCAGGAAUUGAUGGUGUCGCUGGUGAGAGGGGAGACGACGGAGAGGAUGGCCCUGCUGGUCCUGAUGGAGAUGCAGGUAAACUAGGCUCAGCCGGGUUGCCAGGCGAGCCCGGGGCUGAUGGUUUGACUGGCCCUACUGGAGAUGAAGGGCCUGAUGGUCCCCUUGGACAGAAAGGGGAACCCGGGAAACCAGGACCUCGUGGACUAGCUGGCGUUGGAGACGAUGGACCCCCUGGACCCCCGGGGCCAGGAGGACUUCCAGGUGAUUUGGGCAAAGGUGGACCCCCUGGUGCUAUGGGAGUGAGAGGACCAACAGGACCUGGUGGAUCAGCAGGGCCUAGAGGUGCAGCAGGGAUGCAGGAUUUGAGUGCCGAGCUGUGUCCUGGUGCCUGUCCACCUGGGACACCUGGUCAUCCCGGUCUCCCUGGCAUGAAGGGUCACAAAGGAGUAAAAGGGGAAGGAGGAGAGCCUGGGAAACAAGGGCACAAGGGUGAAGAGGGUGACCAGGGAACCACAGGGGACCUCGGAUCCCAGGGCCCAACGGGUCCUCAGGGAAUCAGAGGCUCCACUGGAAUGAUGGGGCCCAAAGGUGGACUGGGAGCACGAGGACAUGAUGGAGAUCCAGGUCCCCAAGGUGUUGAAGGAUCAACUGGUGACCAAGGCCAGAGGGGCGUGAUGGGCGAGUCUGGUCCUAAAGGUGAUGAGGGAUCUCAAGGUGGAAGAGGAAUCACAGGUCUUCCUGGGCCCAAGGGAGAGGGUGGUUUGUCAGGAGUGGAUGGGCGUGAAGGUAUUCCUGGAAUGCCAGGUGGAAAGGGCACCAUUGGCAAGGCUGGGUCUCCCGGGGAGGUUGGGCUUCAGGGACUUCCUGGAUUACCUGGUUCUCCUGGCUCUAAAGGAACUGGUGGAGAGAAGGGUAGUUCUGGAGAGGCAGGUCUUCUUGGCACAAUGGGAUCUGCUGGUAAAACAGGAGAGCAAGGCAAAGCAGGAGAUCUAGGACCCAUUGGACCCAUUGGCGGACCAGGAGACAGAGGAGAACAAGGACCAGGCGGUCCACCGGGCAAACCAGGAGCCAGGGGACCUAAAGGGGAUCUUGGUCUUCCUGGUGUUCCCGGACCCCCAGGCCUCCCCGGAGUGAAGGGAGAGAGGGGAGAAGCUGGCGAGGGAGGACCUAAAGGAGAGCAGGGAGAACAAGGUUCCGAGGGAACCUCUGGAGACAAAGGAGAUGUUGGUGACCAAGGGGAAGCUGGACCCAAAGGAAUGGUUGGAAACCCAGGAGAGCCUGGUAACAGAGGACCAGAGGGUAGCAGAGGGCAGCCUGGCAUCGAGGGCCCAGCUGGUACUCCUGGACCACGUGGCAUGCAGGGCAACAGGGGCGCACCAGGAAUCAGGGGGUCACAGGGACCAGCGGGUAAAGAACCAAGCGAUCAACACAUCAGACAAGUCUGCAUGAGAGUUAUGCAAGAGCAGCUAGCCCAGUUGGCUGCCAGUCUAAGGAGGCCGGAGUCUGGAGCAGCGGGCCUGCCUGGUAAGCCAGGGCCCCCUGGUCCUGCCGGACCCCCAGGGGACAGUGGCUUCCCUGGGCAGGCUGGAGCAAGAGGACUGCCUGGCCUCAAAGGACCUCCAGGACUUCUAGGACUCAAAGGACCCAAAGGUGAAAUGGGCGACAGAGGAGACCGAGGUCCAACGGUGCGAGGGGCCAAGGGCCAGCCAGGACCUCCCGGUCUACCAGGUGAGCCCGGAAAGCCUGGUUACGGGCAGGAGGGACGUGAUGGCGAGAGAGGACCUCCAGGUGUUCCUGGCCAGGCUGGUGUACCUGGGCCUCCUGGUAAUGCUGGCCCCAACGGCUACUGCGACCCAUCGUCCUGCAACCUCAGACCCGGGGACAUUGACACCAGCAUCAAGGGCCCGGAGGGAACUAGAACCUAGAGCCACCACCCAGUGGAGGUUGGUGUCGCUUUAAAUCUGAGGACUGGAUGUAAUGGCUGUAAUGGAAUGAAUGGAACAGUUUCAAACACCUUGGAUUCUGUUCCAUUUAUUCCAUUACAGCCAUCACUAUGACCCAUCCUCCCUUCACCAGCUUCCACUGCCCAACACCCAGAGAGGUGUAGAGACAGAGACUAAGAUGGCAGAUGGACAGCUCUCCCACUCCAACCCUGGGAGCACACAACAUUCUCACAGCCUCUCUACUCUGAAGGCUGUUGCUGUAAAGUGGCCCAUUCUAACAUAUCUGCAGUGUUUUGUGAGAAUGUUCUGUGCUAGCCAGAUCUCUUUCGGAUCUGAAGGAGUCUUCCACUUCCACAAAUGCAAAACAAAAUUAAGUAUUUUGUUGCAAAACAAUAAUAAUCCUGAACCUGUUUGGAUGUGUAACAGUUUUUUACAUGACAGAUUUUCUUAUUUUCUUUUGUUGUUUUCAGAAAAGGGUGCUCUAUUUUAAGAUAUGAAUGUUUUGAAGACAAUAUAUAUUUGUUUUUAUUCCACUGUCCCUGUAAACCUAAUGUCCUUAAUAACCACGGGCCAAACACCUGUCCUUAAUAACCACGGGCCAAACACCUGUCCUUAAUAACCACCAGACAAACACCUGUCCUUAAUAACCACCAAAAUACCUGUCCUUAAUAACCACCAGACAAUACACCUGUCCUUAACAACCACCAGACAAAACACCUGUCCUUAAUAACCACCAGACAAAACACCUGUCCUUAAUAACCACCAGACAAACACCUGUCCUUAACAACCACCAGACAAAACACCUGUCCUUAAUAACCACCAGACAAAACACCUGUCCUUAAUAACCACCAGACAAACACCUGUCCUUAAUAACCACCAGACAAACACCUGUCCUUAAUAACCACCAGACAAAACACCUGUCCUUAUUAACCACCAGACAUGCUACCUGUCCUUAAUAACCACCAGACAUUCUACCUGUCCUUAUUAACCACCAAACAUGCCACCUGUCCUUAAUAUUCACCAGACAUUCUACCUGUCCUUAUUAACCACCAGACAUGCUACCUGUCCUUAAUAUUCACCAGACAUGCAACCUGUCCUUAAUAACCACCAGACAAAACACCUGUCCUUAAUAACCACCAGACAAAACACCUGUCCUUAAUAACCACCAGACAUGCUACCUGUCCGUAAUAACCACCAGACAAACACCUGUCCUUAAUAACCACCAGACAUGCUACCUGUCCUUAUUAACCACCAGACAAACUCCUGUCCUUAAUAACCACCAGACAUGCUACCUGUCCGUAAUAACCACCAGACAUGCUACCUGUCCGUAAUAACCACCAGAUAAACACAUGUCCUUAAUAACCACCAGACAUGCUACCUGUCCUUAUUAACCACCAGACAAACACCUGUCCUUAAUAACCACCAAAUACCUGUCCUUAACAACCACCAGACAAAACACCUGUCCUUAUUAACCAUCUGGCUGUAUUUGUAUGUUCUCUUUCCUCCUUUCCUCUCACUGAAACAGCUGUAUACUGUAGCCUACAUGUUGAUUUCAGCAGCGGCUCCAUCCACAUCCACAUCACAUCACGCUAAUCCCUCCCCAAUAAAGUAAAACCAUAAAGCAAUACCAGGAUUGCCUUUAGCCCAAAGUGUAUUUUUUUGUAUUUCUAAUGUACUGCAUCAUCACGUUCUAUAUUGAAAUAUCAUAUACCAAAGAUAGACCUGGUGAAAAACAGUGAUAUCAGUUUGUACAGAAAGUACCUGGUGUAUUUCCAGCCCCCUGCUUUCCUUCCAGAAAUCUAAAUAAAGAGAUAGAAAGAAGAUAGGACUGACACCAAGCCCCACUGACUGACUGACCUUCCAUAUAUGCUGUGCAUCUCUGUAAAUUGUUUUCAAUUGUGGUUAAUAAUUAUAUUUCCUACAAAAAUAA